AUGGACACACCACUGCAAGAAGACCCAACAGAACGUUCAACAACGCAAGCAACAACAGGGAAUGCAAGCGCUCCAUUGCUUGACACCGCAAGUUUCAAACUUAGCAACGGAGCAGCCAACACCAGCACACAACAGCAAAACGCCUUAAAUCCCAAUGACAAACCACCACAGACCCUUAUGGAAACAGAAACAAAAGCCAAAAGUAAGAACGAAGACAGUCCAGCCACACUGCAAGAAAGAAAAACGAAACCGGCCAAAACAACUUUAGAAACAACUGCAACAAGUCCAUCAAGCACUAUAGAAACCCAGCCGCAACAAGAAACUACCACCGUAUCAAUUCAAAUUUCCAAAACUAUAACUCCUGGAAAAGACAAGAGCUGCGGUUAUUGCUUUCACAGUUUCAGUACCGCCAGCGAGUGUAAAACUCAUAUAAAAACUUCCCAUCAUGAAACGAGUAAAUGCCCGCAUUGUAACAAUCUGAUCAAAAGCAGAGAAGCAAUAAAGCACCGCAUACUAAAACACCCAGACACCUCCGUCUUCCAGUGCGGAUACUGCCUAACAAGUCUAUACACCAAAUACGACAUAGAAAAACACCUCAACGACCAGCACCCCGACAACGACCUCUGCCACAAUCAAAUAUUCUACAUCCUCAACCCAGACAGAUCCAUUUCUUACAUAUAUGCAGAUGACAGAACAUAA